AUGCGGCGGGCAAGGAGCGUGGCAACUACCGCCAAGCCGUGUGGGCAGAAGCGGUCCGGGGCCGCCCGUGGCCACCGCCCCGGCUGCCAACACCAGCUCGUUGCUGGGCGAGCCAGGCCAGGCCGGGGGCGGGGACCAGGGGGCUGCGAAGCAGCCCUUGGCGAAGCGGCGGCUGAGGAACCGGUGGCGGCGGGCCCAGGAGGCGGGCCCGGGGAGCAGCCAGAGCUGGCGCUGCUCCAGCCGCCGACUCCGUCCUCGGUGUCCACGCUGGACCUGGGCAAGAAGCGGGAGCGCUGGGAGCUGUUCCAGAAAUGGCAGAGGCUCACCUCCGAGGGCGCUGCCAAGCUCCUGCUGGACACCUUUGAUUAGCAGGGCCUGGUAAAGCACACAGGAGGUUGCCACUGUGGAGCAGCGUUUGAAGUUUGGGCUCCAGCACGCUUGCACAGCUUUGACUGCAACUGCAGCAUUUUCAAGAAGCAUCAGAAUAGACACUUCAUUGACCCAGCUUCUCUCUUCAAGCUCCUGAAGGGAGCCGAGAAUAUAACCACUUACACGUUCAAUGCGCACAAAGCCCAGCACAUCUUCUGCAAGAGAUGUGGUGCUCAGAGCUUCUACACUCCUCGCUCAAACCAUGGAGUCUUUGGAAUUGCCCCCCACUGCCUGGAUGAGGGCACCGUGCGGAGCGCAGUCACUGAGGAGUGCAAUGGCAGCGAUUGGGAAAAGGUCAUGAAGGAGCACAAGACCAUCAGGAACAUGUCUAAAGAGUGAGCUUCUCCCUGUCCCUUCCUGAAAAGGAGGAAUGAUUGGGGCCAGCAGCCGUGCUGUCCCUGCCACACCUGGGUGUUGCUCCUGGAUAUGGCCGCCCCAGGCUGCUGGCUCCGCUGGCCAGCAGCCACCUUGAUCUGUGCCGUUUGCUCCAGCUACCACUUUCUUUAGGCAGCUCUUUGUCUUUCCUUAGCCCGGAUUUUGAUGUAGGCUAGUUGACAUCCUUCCUUCUCUUCCCAACUUUUGUGUGAUCUUAUAGGGAAAAAAAAUAAAUAUUUUUAA